AUGAACCCAUACGAAACCAACCCGGCAAAAAUACCAGCCAGUGACCGAUACUCUGACAUUCCACUUUAUGGUCGAUACUUUCCUGCUUCAGACGACUUCCAGCCGGACCCCAAGCACGCCAACUCGGUCUCAGAAGAUUCGCUCAAGUACUGGACCUCUGUGCUUGACCUCUGCAAUUCUUCCAAUAGAAUAUAUGAGGGCUUAGAGGGGGCUCGAGAUGUAUUUGCCCUCGGUAGCGUCAUCAUCAAGUCAAGCCAUCUCCACCCUCGGCUUGAAGGCAAACGCGCAAGUCGAGACUUCUCCUACGCAGAUGCAAAUGAAGUGCAGGCAACUGCCCUGGCAAGAACCGUGUUAAAAGAUGUCAAAGUUCCAAGCAUCUACUUUGCAAGCAAGAUCAAUGGCAGGGAGGUCUUGGUGCAGGAGAGGAUUGCUGGUGUCGGCCUCAACAUCGCAUGGCAAUAUAUUUCCGCGGCACAAAAACAGCUAUUCAAAGAUGAAGCACGCAAUAUCUUGCGAAGCUUGAGCAAGGUCAAACCUCCUUCCUCAAGCACUUCACGCUCCUAUAUCAUUGAAGAUGUGGAUCCUCAAGCACAUCGAGGCAUCCAGAAGCUCGAGUACGAUACUCUCUUUGGGGAAGAUAAUGUUGAUCCAGAUCUCUCAUGUAUGCAUAACGACUUUACUCUGUCGAAUUGUAUUGUGAACAAUGACAAGAUCGUUGGGCUUGUUGACUGGGAGAUGGCAGGCUACUUUGGGUGGAAGACAGCUGCUCAGGUGCAUGUCAAGAUUCGAACCCCCCGGCGGGAGAGCUUCGCAGCGCUUGAUCUGUCUGAAGAUCUUUUGAAUGACAUCCUUUUCUGGAACGAUUUAUAUGAAGUCUAA